AUGGAUGCCAUGGAUCAUAGUUGUAAGAGUGAAAAUAGUAAGAAUCAAAAGGUUCAUUUUGAUGUCCCUCCAAAUGAAGUGGACCCUGUAACUCAUAGCAGGUCAGGCUCUUCAGAAAAUCUAGAUGCAAUUGAGAAAGUUCUUAAUAGCCACUCUCUUGAAUCUAAACAACCUGACCUUCAGACACAAGGACCAACAUCAUCAAUAGAUAAUUUAUCUUCCUCUAUUUGGAGUACGCAAAGUGGAUCAACUACACAAUUACCUCCAAUUCAGUUGGUGGGGCGGCCUGCAGGCUAUGAUCCAAAUCGAAUUCCAUCAUCAAUAUUUGCUAGUAAACCGACAACACCAAUGGAAUGGAGCAAUGCUUCGAAUGAAUCAUUAUUUAGUAUUCACAUCGGAAAUAACAGCUUCUCAAGAGAUCAUUUUAUUAUGUUCAAUAGAUCUCAAGAGUUAACAAGGACGGAUGAAUUGAUAACUAUUCCAGCUACCUUCCCCCAUUUUACAGAAUCAGAGCAUGAUAAAAGCAAGAGUGCCAAUGUGGAGAAGGAUUCUGGAGUAACCAAAGCAUUAAAUGAAACCACAAAGGUAGUUAGGAAGGAAUCUCCAGGAGAUGAUAGAAAGGAAAGAGUGAAUCCUGCUGGGGGGUUCCAAAACUUUUUUAAUCUCUCUUACCAUUCUGAUGCGAGUGAUAACAGCACCCGGUCCUUCAAUUUCCCUAUCCAUAUACAAUCUGCAGAGGUUUUUGCAGUUAUUCAAAUAUGUGCUUGCAAUGAUAGAUUAGUUUUUUCCAGUUAUGCAGGUGAUAGUGCAGUAAAUAGCCCCAGGACAUUGGAAUUGGAAAUCCAGCAACCCGAGCAGCAGCUUCUACAAAAAUCGCAGCCUCUAAAACUGCAAAUGACCUCAAAGCCUGCUAGGAUCAAAUGGUUUUCUCGCCUUUCUUGUUUCCCACGUUGUUGUAGAUAG